UUAAUUAAUAUAUUUGUUCCAAUUAAUUGAUUUUCCCCUGAUAAUCAUUAAUAAUCUUCCUUUUCUCUUUGAUUGUUUUUCUUUACCGCGACAUCAGAUGAUCAUCAUUGGUUUUCCCUUCUUUGUUUUUGAAGGGUUCAUGUGUUUUUUUUCUUGUUUACUGUUAAUCAAUUGAUUAAUUGAUUAUCUUACUACAAUUGAUUCUAAAUUUUAAUUAGUGCUUCUAAUUAUUGUUCUCCAGUUCCAUCUUUUCCUGUCUCUCUGUUAGACCAAUUGGUGUAUGGAAAUUUUAAUUGUUUCUAAUUAUCUUUUGUCGCCCACUUUGGUUUGGUGUUAAUCCUUUUUCCAUGCCUAUUAAUCGACCAUGUUGAUGACAUAAGAUGAGAGAUGAUCUUGGAAACUGAAUCAAGUCAAUUUUCGUUCCCUGGAAUGAUUAAAGUCCAUUUGGUUGUGGUGACAAAAAUCAUCUCUUCACUUUCCCUUUGUUGAUCCUUUUUUUUCCUGAUUCUCAUAGAAUUUUUUUUCUUUUCUAAUCUUUAAUUGAUACUAAUCUAAUUACCUACUUACAGAUAUCAUCAUCACCAUCAUCAUAAACUUGAAUCAACUCGAUCUCUUUCUCUGUGUGUUACCUUUUUUUCCUCUUCUUCUUCACAACCAUCACCAUCUUCUUGGGCUGUUGCUGCUUCUCCUUUACAAUUAUCAUCAAUCAUGCCUCAAUCAGCUUUCUUCUUGAUCAUCAGUUUUUACCGAUAAAAACCCCAAGCACAAUCAUCAUCAUUCCUGUUAAUCAUAUGUCUAUCGUUUCUAAUUAUAUUGGUUUGCUAUUUGGUGGUUACAGUUACAAUACAUGACAACGAAAGGCAAUCAAUUGUUUCAUUUUCACUUUGGAAUUUUUUUUUUCUUCACUCUCUAGAUGAUUUUAUUUACUUCUUUUGGUUAAUCGUGAAUAUAAACACAGCAUAAGAUAAACAAGCAACAUACACACAAUCAGAAUGGAAAUGGAAAUAGUAAUAAUAAUCCUUUUCUUCCUCCUUGGAGCUUUUUGUCACCGGAAAUGUUGAUCAUUGAACAAUUCAUCAAGGACAUGUGACAUCAUCAUCAUGGGAAUCAUACAUUCAAUGUCCUGAUUACAACAAUCAAAAGAAAGAGGGAAAAAAAUCAAGAGAUGAAAAAGCAACAUUGAAAAAAAAAUCACAACAACGACUUUAAAUAUAACAACCAAAAUGAAUUGAUAGUUUGAUGGCCUUUAAUAUCAAUUAUUGACUCUGAUUGUUCACCAAGGUUGUACCCUAAUCAUAAUAAUUGUCAACUAAAUUUCAAUCACAAUAGUUGAUGAUCGUUAACGAUAAUUAUAAAUUAAGAUAAUGGCUUAUCAAUAUCCAGCUACAAUUAAUAAUCUAAACGAGAGAAAUACCUGAUCACUGGGCCCUUGAGUGUUUAUCACCGGAAUCUUUUUUGCCUUUAUUAAUUAUUAUUUCCGUUAUCAUGAUGAUGAUAAUGAUCAAAAGGAAUGGAAAGAAAAAAAAGAAUCUCAUCCAAAAUUUCAAACAACAACAACAACAACAUAUUGGAAGUAAAGAAAAUGUAUUAAUCAUUGGAUGAGUCGAUUACCUGAAGUAAUUGUAAUUGAUUAAGAGCCAUUCACAAGCAAGAAAAAAGAGGAUGAUGGUGAUGAAGAUGAGAAAGAUUUAAUGAUAACCUAACAAGAGGAUGAACAUUAAUUUCAUUACGGUGUAUUUGAUUAAACAUUAAUACCCAAUGUUAAUUUCACAAGGAAACUGGAAAACCAUCAAUUCCAAUGGUCAGAGAUUGAUGAAUGAGCUUCUGAAAACUGGUAAUGAAACAUCAACAAUGGGAUAAAUCAGGAUGAAUACCAGAUGAGAUUGAAAGUUGAUGACCUUACAAAUUAAAAUGAGACCAAACUGGUGACCUCAACAACUACUCAUUAUAAAAUGAGAAAUUGAUUGAUAUUAUCAUUUUACUCAUUUCUAUGUAGGCCUUGUGAUACAACAAUUACCGUAUUAGGUAACCUACAUUGAGAUGAAUAAAGUUCAUCAUUAUCACCAUGGAUCAAAAAUCAUCAUCAUCUCCUUACGGAUCAUAUCACAAUCAAGAUAAUAAUCAUAUUUGGAUAUAAAGAAGAAGAGAGGAAGAUAUUUAUUAUCUUCAUUAUGAUCUUCUCAUCAAUCUGAAAGUCUAUUCAAUGUGUAAGGUGGCAGAAAGAAAAUCAAAGAAGGAUAAACAAUAUACUGUAUAUUUAUAUAUCUAUUGAUACAAUCAACUAAAUCAACAUCAACAUCAUCACAAUCAACAUAAACAAAAAACAACCAACCUUUUUCAUUCAACUCAUUAUUCAUUCAUUCAUUAAUUUAUUUCACCGGAAGUUGUGGUCUUAACUUAGCAAAAGAACAAUUUAAGAAAAAUUUAAUGAAUGAAUGGAUAACAAUUAUCAUGUUGAUUAUAAUAAUAAUAAUAAUAAUAGUAUUUGUAAAACUGACACCAACAUGAAAAAAAGUCCAGAAUUUAAAAGUUAACCAGAAACCUUUGGUUUUAAUCAAUUGGAAAAACAGAAAUUACCUUUACCUGUCCAACGCCCAAUAAUUUAACAUGAGUUGAUUAUUAUAAUUAACAAUUAACCAGAUCAUCAUACUAAUCAUCAUCAAAUUUGUUGCCACCAAAGACAAAAGUGAGAGAAUUGAAAGAAAAAAUUAAACAAAAGGAUCAACAAUUAACAAGAAAAGUAUCAUUUUAAUAUAAUGACAAAAUUAUCAACGUGACAACAAGUUAAUGAUGAUUGUUGUUGAUUGUAAUUGAUAAACAAUGUUACAAUUGGUUUGGAUGUUUAAUAUGAUUACAUUUAUAUCUAAAUCAAUUAUAAUUCAAGUGCAACAAACACACAACAAUCAACAGAAAUUAGGGAAAAAGUUAUGACAACUUUUCGUAUUAUUUUAAAUUGUAUCCAUUGUUUUGCCUAUGAACAAAUAACAAGCUGCAAUUGAAGAGAUUACAUUAUAAUUCAAUGGUAACUGAAUAAUGGAAACACUAAAUUGUUUAGGAAAACCAGAUUCUCUCCCUCAACAAUCAACCAUAAUACCAGUAAUCAUAAUGAUAACAAUUGUACAAUUUGACGCAAUCAACAAUCAAACCACCACAAUCAACCCCCACCAACCAAACAAGACAAUGUUAAUGAGAAACAUUUUAAUUGUUAGGGUUGAUUGUUUGACUUUUUAAAAAUACAUAACACACAACAAUUUACCUGUAAAUUAGUUUUCUCUUAUCGUUUAAUCAUCAUGACAAUUAGCUAAUACACAAUAUUGAUAAUCAACAAUCAAAUAUUAUCCAACAAAAUUACUCGUUAAAACUAAUACAUAAACCUAAACAUUGACCUUUACUUUUAACCAAUUUAUACUUGUAUUAAUAGUUGUAAUGAUUAACUUUAAUUUGUCACAAUUAACUUUAAAUAAUAUUACAAUUUGAUGAACUUUGAUCGUUUGUAAAAUCAAUUGAUCAAUAAUUGGAUGACCUUUGUUGUUGUUGUUGUUGUUGGUCAAUUGAAAUAACUUUUCAUUCAUCUUGUUGAAACAAGUUUACAAAACUACAGUUUCUUGAAUCUCAUUGAUUAAUUUUUCUUGUUCAACUAAUUUUUCUGGUUAAAUAAUAUAUUUAUUUUUAAACUGGUUUUACUGAUUGUUGAUGAGAUUUGACACUAAUCAUUAACCAUCACCAUUAAAAUAGCAACAGUAAAACAACAUGUAACAAGUAUGAUUACCUGUGAAUUAUUGGUAACAUUGAGAAACUUGUAGAAAAUAAUUUCUGAAUGUGAUUAAUUUUAAUCAACAAUUUAACUAAUAACUUUCUUCCAGAUGAUGAUAACUACCUUUUCUCUCUCUCUCUCUCUCAUCAUCAUGUACUCUUCCUUUCUCAUCAUCAUCAUCAUCAUCUUGAGCUUCCUUAGUUAACCUUGAACAUGUCAACAGAAUAUAAGAAACCAUGGAUAAGGCGAAAAAGCCAAUGACCCAACCUUGAAAACUGCUUUUCCUGUUUCCACUCUCUCACUCUCUCCCUUUCUUUAUCUUCUCUUUCUUUUUCAUCUUUCUCUCUCUCUCUCACUUAUCAUCAUUAUCUUCAGUUUCUUCUUGUUUCUUACUUUUUUUUCUAAGUCUUAGAAAAAGUAAAAAUUUCUUAGGAUGAGUGAAUGUAACUGAUGAAUCUCCACCACCACCACCUUCGUCUUCACACCGUCACCACAUUGACCUCCGUUUCCACCGACACCACUAUCGGUAUCAUCAUCAUCAUCAUCAUCAUGUGUUGGUUCCGCUUCCUUCAUCAUCUAUUUCAUCAUCAUUCUCAUCAUGAUAAUCACUUUCAUUGUCAUCAACAGAAUCAUAAUCAUAUUGAUCAUCAAUUAUAUUCUAAUCAUAAAGCAAAUGUUAAUAAUUAUCAUCAAUCAAAUCAUCGUAUUUAUUUUAGUGUAUUAAGUAUUAUUAUUUUUUUCUCAUUCGUAAUUGUUGCUAAUUCAAUGGUUGUGGUUGAUAUUACAUCUUUUAAUAGUGAUACAAUUAAUAAACCAAUUAGACCGAUAACUUGUUCAGAUGCCAAAGGUAAUCAAGGGAUUUGUAUGUUCUCAUUAGCGUGUAGACAAUCAAAAGGUAAACCAAUUGGUAUUUGUAAGGAUACAAUUUAUGCUGGAAGUUGCUGUCAACUUCCGGGUGAUGAACCUAAACCAUUUAAUCAAUUUAAUAGUGUUAAUAUUAAUCAUAAUCAAAAUAUUUAUUCAACUAAAUUGCCAACAUUAGUAACAAAACAAACUAUUGUUACUGUGAUUCCUUCAACAACAACAUCGAGACCAAUAGUCCAAACAUCAAGUCAACACACAACAUCAUCACCAUCAACAACAACAAUUAUACAACCUAAACCUUUAGUCUUAACAACAAUCAAAUUAACAACCACCCAAUCACCACUUUCAUCACCAAUAUCAACAAAUGAAACAACAACACGAUCAACACUUAAUUCAACGGUGAUAACGACUCUUCCUAGUGUAAAUAUAUCGACAAUGACCACUCCGUCUCCAUCUUCAUCCUUAUCAACAUUGACCACAGCAACUACGACAACGACAACAACACCUACAACAAUCCCAACAACUAUUACCGAAUCUUCAUCAAUAAUAUCAUCACAAUCUCCUUCAAGUUCAACGUUAACUACAACAUCUAAACCAUUGACAGUUACAUCAACUGAAUCUUCAUCAUCUACACAACUAACACAAAAAGUUGACCAACCAUUAACCAUAUUAACACCUUCUAGUAAUAUUUCAUACCCACCAUCAACCGAAUCACCUCCAGCACCACCAACAACAACUACCCAACCAACUACAUCAACUGAAACAAUAACAAACACCGAACCAAUGACAACAAUUAUUUCUUCAUCAACUUCAUCUUCCUUUUCAACUGAAACCGUUACGGAAACAGUAAUAGUAACAGAAACUCAAUCACCAUCACCAUCACCAUCACCACCACCAUCAUCAUCAUCUGCACCUCCAUCUUCAGCUUCAUCCCCAACACCAAUACCAACCGUUUUCACUGAUUUACUGAACAGUAAUUCAAUUUCCCUUUCAACAACAACAUCAACCACAACCACAACUCCAACACCAACACCAACACCAUCAGAAUUACCUGUUACAAUUGGUAACCUUUUGAACAAAGUAAUGAAUACCCAGAGACCUUAUAACAACAAAUUAGAUUGUGGGGUUAGUCCGUUAAAGUCGAUGGCUCGAGUUGUUGGAGGUCGAAAUGCUCAUUUCGGUGAAUGGCCUUGGCAGGUUUUAAUCAAAGAGGCAACUUGGCUUGGCCUAUGGAUGAAAACCAAGUGUGGUGGAGUCUUAAUUGACCACCGGUGGGUUUUAACAGCAGCACAUUGUCAACCAGGUUUCUGGGGAUCGCUAUUGGUUGUUGUCGGUGAAUAUGACCUGACCGGAGAUGUUGAAAAUCUGAAGCCAAUUCAGAAGCCGGUUAAACGAAUGAUAGUCCAUCGAAAUUACAAUCCGUCCACUUUUGAAAACGAUAUCGCUCUCAUGGAAUUGGAAUCGCCGUUUGAUGUUCAACCUCAUGUGGUUCCAAUUUGUUUACCUGAACCAGGGGAAGAUUUUGUUGGUCAAGUAGCUCAUGUUGCCGGUUGGGGUAAACUAAGUUAUGGUGGACCAAUACCUUCAAUCUUACAAGUGGUCAAACUACCGAUUCUAGCUAAUGAUAAGUGCCAAGAAAUGUUUGAUGCCGCAGGGCAUGAUAAGGAGAUAAAAUCAACCUUCUUAUGUGCAGGUUACACCGAUGGUGGUAAAGAUUCAUGUGAAGGUGAUUCAGGUGGACCAUUGAUGGUCAAACGUGCCAAUGGUCAUUGGGUAUUAGUUGGAACCGUUUCCCAUGGGAUAAAAUGUGCCGAACCCAAUUUACCGGGUGUAUAUAUGAAAACCGCUGCCUACCGUUUAUGGAUCGAUAAUAUAAUUAACCGAACCAAGAAAAACAAUAAUCUAAAUCAAUCUGGAAUCACCUCCAACAAUCAAAACAAUAAUAAUAGUGCAAAUAACAAUAAUAAUAAAAGUAAAACAUAAUAUAAUUAACUUACUACCCAAUAAUUUGAUUGGUAAUCAAUUUAUAAUUGUUGAAAACAAUCAAAUUGAUUUUGUUAUAAGCAAUUAAAUUGCUUCAUGUUAAAUAUUUGGUAGUUUAUAUUAAUGAAAAUCGUAAGAAAAAAAAAACAAGACAAACUUUUUUUUUUACUAUUACAACUACACCUUCAUUCAUCAUCUUUUAUCUUACUUAUCAUCAUAAUUUAUCAUCUUGAUUAUUAUCUGUUAUGAUGACCUUUUCCAUCUCACUCUCACUCUCUCACUCUCUCAUACUUAUCAUCUUCUUGUCUUCAUCAUCAUCAUCAUCAUCAUUAUUGAGUCUUGUUAGUUAAACUUGACAGUUGAGGUUACAAGGAUAUAAUCAACUAACUACAAUUUCAAUGACAGACUCAUGUACAAUUUAAUUACCAUAAGUAUAUAUAACUCGUUACGAAUGUAAAUGUGCUAAUGUUUCAACUGAUGAAAUGCUAAUUGUUGCCAUCCCUAAUCAUUAUCAUCAUCAUCAUCAUCAUCACAAUAAAUCAUCAAUCAACUUGCUUGUCGUCUUAUCCUGUCCUUAGUUGAUUGUUGGAUCUUUUUUUUUUUGGUUAAUCUUAUUUUGUUUGUUUCCUUUUGUGCUUGGGAAACUGAAUUACAAUUACAAUUACAAUUAACAAUUAAAUGUAGUGUAUAUAUUUAUAUGUCUCUCUAUCUUGAUUGUUUAUCAUUAAACAAUCACCUUAAUUGUAAUUAAAGGUUUUGAGAAAAAAAAAUUACCAUAAACUUGUUUAUAUUUGUUGUUACAAUCUAAAAUCAGUGUAUAUAUUUAGUUAGUUAAUUUUUCUUUACUUAUUAUCAGUUGAUUGUUUGAUAUGAUAUAUAUUUUUCAUUGUCUGGUAGUUAAUUGUUAUCAGUUUGUUAUCGUUGCUAUUAUUACGUUGGGUUAUUUAAACAAGGUUGAUUUUUUUUACUCCAAAGAUUUAAUUACAAUUUA